AUGGCUUCUCAAACCAACGAAAACGCCGAUUACGACUUCGCGGCCGCCAACGGCGGCCACGUUGUCCUCGACGGCCACCCGUGCAAGAUCACCAGCAUCGCCAAGUCCAAGCCGGGCAAGCACGGCCACGCCAAGGUUGUCGUCACGGGCGUCGACGUCUUCACGGGCAAGAAAUACGAAGGCGGCGGGCCCGCGGGGCACACCAUGGAGGUGCCGGUCGUCAAGAAGACGAGCCACAUGCUGCUCAACGUCGGGCACGAGGGCUGGCUCACGCUGUUUGACGUCGCCACCGGCCAGGAGAAGAUCGACGUCAAGUGCCCGGAGGGUGAGCUUGGCGAGAGGAUCCGGGGCAAAUUCAAGGAGGGGAAGGAUGUUAGUGUGAUCGUGCUUGGCUCUUUGUAA